AUGUUUUUUUCAAGGAUUGGGCGCUCUCUGUCGCGUUCUUCUCGCGUUAAAAAUUUGUUGCACGGUGAUUCGAGAUUGGGAGCGGUUUCUGGAGUUUCGCGAACGAAUGUCUAUUCUGACGGUGUUGAAGGGGGGUUAGGGUUUUUCAGGGGUUACGUAUCUUCUUCAGUAGCUCGUAAUCAUGGUUUCGUUUCUAAUUUGUCGGAUUUUAAAUCUGUUGCUGCAAACCCUAGGCUUGUUCGUUUGUUUUCCAGUGAAGCCCCCAAGAAGAAGAAUUAUGAAAACUUUUAUCCUAAGGGACAGAAGGAAGUACCUAAGGGGAAUGACAAAAAAAAUGAGUCUAAAGAGGAGUCCAAGUCAAACUCAGAGGAUCAAGGAGGUUUUCAAGAAGCCUUCAUGAAGCAAUUUCAAAGUUUUCUCACCCCAUUGUUGGUGAUGGGGCUAUUUCUUUCGUCCUUUUCUUUUGGUCCCCGUGAGCAGCAGCAGAUUAGCUUUCAGGAGUUUAAAAAUAAGCUUUUGGAACCAGGAUUAGUAGACCAUAUUGUUGUCUCCAACAAAUCAGUUGCCAAAGUAUAUGUAAGGAACUCUCCCCGUGAUCAAACUGACAGUGAAGUACUCCAAGGAAACCUUCCUGCAAAGGGGUCUAGUGGCCAAUAUAAAUAUUAUUUCAAUAUUGGAAGUGUUGAGUCUUUCGAGGAGAAGUUAGAGGAAGUGCAAGAAACACUAGGCGUUGACCCUCACGAUUAUGUUCCUGUUACAUAUUCUUCUGAACUGGUUUGGUACCAGGAGUUGAUGAGGUUUGCUCCAACCCUGUUACUUUUGGGAACUCUCUUGUAUACGGGAAGGAGAAUGCAAGGUGGAUUUGGUGUUGGUGGCGGCGGUGGUGGUAAGGGUGCUCGUGGAAUAUUUAACAUCGGAAAAGCACAUGUUACUAAAGUAGACAAAAAUGCCAAAAACAAGGUCUAUUUUAAAGAUGUUGCUGGAUGUGAUGAGGCAAAACAAGAAAUUAUGGAGUUUGUGCACUUCCUCAAGAAUCCUAAGAAGUACGAAGAGCUUGGUGCCAAAAUUCCAAAAGGUGCUCUUCUGGUCGGUCCCCCAGGUACAGGAAAAACCCUUUUAGCAAAAGCAACUGCAGGGGAGUCUGGUGUGCCAUUUCUUUCUAUAUCUGGUUCUGAUUUCAUGGAAAUGUUUGUCGGUGUUGGACCGUCAAGGGUGAGAAACUUGUUUCAGGAAGCAAGGCAGUGUGCUCCCAGUAUAGUAUUUAUUGAUGAGAUUGAUGCAAUUGGUCGGAAAAGGGGCCGUGGAGGUUUCUCUGGUUCAAAUGAUGAGCGUGAAAGUACUUUAAAUCAAUUGUUGGUGGAGAUGGAUGGUUUUGGAACCACUGCUGGAGUUGUUGUGCUAGCAGCCCUUACUCCAGGUUUUGCCGGAGCAGACAUUGCUAAUGUUUGCAAUGAAGCUGCGCUGAUUGCUGCAAGAACUGAUGAAGCACAAGUCACAAUGGAUCAUUUCGAGGCAGCUAUUGAUAGGAUCAUUGGUGGUUUGGAGAAGAAGAACAAGGUAAUAAGUAAGCUGGAAAGGCGUACUGUUGCUUACCAUGAAGCAGGUCAUGCUGUUACAGGUUGGUUCUUGGAACAUACUGAUCCAUUGUUGAAAGUAACUAUUGUUCCUCGCGGAACAGCAGCUCUUGGGUUUGCGCAGUAUGUUCCUAAUGAGAAUCUUCUCAAGACUAAGGAGCAGCUUUUCGAUAUGACUUGUAUGACCCUUGGUGGCCGGGCUGCUGAGAAGGUUCUCAUUGGAACAAUCUCUACAGGAGCACAAAAUGACUUGGAGAAAGUGACCAAGAUGACUUAUGCCCAAGUAGCCGUCUAUGGUUUCAGCGAAAAAGUUGGCCUCCUCUCUUUCCCUCAAAGAGAGGACUCGAUGGAGAUGACCAAACCAUACAGCAGCAAAACUGGUGCAAUAAUUGACACUGAAGUCCGAGAAUGGGUGAACAAAGCAUACGAACGCACCAUACAGCUUAUAGAGGAACACAAGGUGAAAGUAGCCGAAAUUGCAGAGUUGUUGCUUGAAAAAGAAGUACUUCACCAAGAGGACUUGCUUCGAAUCUUGGGCGAGCGACCCUUCAAAAGUGCUGAGCCCACUCACUAUGAUACAUUUAAGCUAGGGUUUCAAGAUGAGGAGAAAGUUGUUGAAACCACAGUAGAGGAAGCCAAGGAUGGUGGUGGGGGUUCGCCGCUAGAGCCGGAGGUUGUUCCCACAUAG